GUGGUAUGGACCAUGGCGGCAUGGAUCACGGUGGGAUGGAUCACGGCGGAAUGGGCGACUCGCUUAUGUGUAGCAUAUGCUCUUCACUUGGGAUACUAACAACCUAUGCAUCGUCUUCCGCAGCUGGCGCGUCACAUCAACCUGGACCCUCGUGCUCUCACUUCUCGCGGUCAUGGCAUUAACAGCAGGCUACGAAGCUGUGCGCGAAGCGUCGAGGCGGUACGAGCUGCGAGUUGCGAACAAGCUAAGCGAGAUGCCGAGGAGUACGGCGCAAGCUGAGGAGCAGAAAGGGAGGCUUGUCAAGGCGGCCCUGUAUGGCGUACAAGUGUUCUAUUCCUUCUUCAUUAUGUGAGUACAGAACAUCAUUCAUACGAAC